ACUGGACGGAGCUUCCGGGUAGAGCGGCGUCCUACGAGACCGGUGAGUCCGCGGGUAGAGCUUCUCGCGGAGCGAAGGAUACUGAAUAAUACAUUUAAGGAAAAAAUGGAUGAAGAACCUGAAAGAACUAAGCGAUGGGAAGGAGGCUAUGAAAGGACAUGGGAGAUUCUUAAAGAAGAUGAAUCAGGAUCACUUAAAGCUACGAUAGAAGACAUUCUCUUCAAAGCAAAGAGAAAAAGAGUAUUUGAGCACCAUGGACAAGUUCGACUUGGAAUGAUGCGUCAUCUUUAUGUGGUAGUAGAUGGAUCAAGAACAAUGGAAGACCAAGAUUUAAAGCCAAAUAGACUGACUUGUACUUUAAAGUUAUUGGAAUACUUCGUAGAAGAAUAUUUUGAUCAAAAUCCUAUUAGUCAGAUUGGAAUAAUUGUAACAAAGAGUAAAAGAGCUGAAAAACUGACCGAACUCUCAGGAAACCCAAGGAAACAUAUAACAUCUUUGAAGAAAGCUGUAGAUAUGACCUGUCAUGGAGAACCAUCCCUCUAUAACUCCUUAAGCAUGGCUAUGCAAACUCUAAAACACAUGCCUGGACAUACAAGUAGAGAAGUCCUAAUCAUCUUUAGCAGCCUCACAACUUGUGAUCCGUCUAAUAUCUAUGAUCUAAUCAAGACCCUAAAGGCAGCUAAAAUUAGAGUGUCUGUUAUCGGAUUAUCUGCAGAGGUUCGGGUUUGCACUGUACUUGCUCGUGAAACUGGUGGCACAUACCAUGUUAUUUUAGAUGAAAGCCAUUAUAAAGAAUUGCUGACACAUCAUGUCAGUCCUCCGCCUGCUAGCUCAAGUUCUGAAUGUUCACUUAUUCGCAUGGGAUUUCCCCAGCAUACCAUUGCUUCUCUGUCUGAUCAAGAUGCAAAACCCUCUUUCAGCAUGGCGCACUUGGAUAGCAACACUGAGCCAGGACUUACAUUAGGAGGGUAUUUCUGCCCACAGUGUCGGGCAAAGUACUGUGAGCUUCCAGUUGAAUGUAAAAUCUGUGGUCUUACUUUGGUGUCUGCUCCGCAUUUGGCACGGUCUUACCAUCAUUUAUUUCCUUUGGAUGCUUUUCGAGAACUUCCUCUAGAAGAAUAUAAUGGAGAAAAAUUUUGUUAUGGAUGUCAGGGGGAAUUGAAAGACCAACAUGUCUAUGUUUGUGCUGUGUGCCAAAAUGUUUUCUGUGUGGACUGUGAUGUUUUUGUUCACGACUCUCUUCACUGUUGUCCUGGGUGCAUUCAUAAGAUUCCAACUUCUUCGAGUAUUUGAUUCCAACAUAUAGUACACAUUGUAUGUGUUAAAAGGACAUUUGCAACUGUUAAUAACGUGAUUCUUCAGAAGAAGCUCCAAUUAAGAUAUGAAGACCAGUUUGAAAGGAAAAUCUGAUUGAAGAAACUUUUUGCUAAGAAAAUGUAGGAUUGGGGCACCUGGCUCAGUCAUUUGGAAGAGCAUGAGACUCUUGAUGUCAGGGUUAUGAGUUCGAGCCCCACGAUGGAUUGCUACAAGUUUCUCACAUCAUAACCACAGGAACUGGAUUUAGUAACCGUAGUUUAACAAAUAAACAACACAUCCAGCCUAUGUAUAUCGAGUGAAGAAAAUCACACUGUUGCAGGAUUGCAGGGUUCUUGUCUCACCGAGUCGAAGAAUCAAUCUCAAGGACAAUGAUAUAGGAAAGAACCUUAGGGUUCGAAGCCCACGGCCAGAAUUCUUGAGACGUCUUUGGUGUGAAAAGCUAAAAAGACUAGGGAGAAUCCCAGAUGCAUGGAUACCCAUCCUUAGACUCAGUUGAAGCAACAGGAUUCUCUACCUCUCCUGAGAAUUUGAACCGACAGAGAUACAGUCAAAUGGAUGGUAGACGGAACUGCAAGGCAGUGAUGAAAGCACUAAAGCAUGGGCAGCCAUGUUCAGCAGUGUGCACGAGGAAAAUCUGGAGGCCAGAAAAGAGAGAUAGGCGGCAGAUAAAGUGUGGAGAGAAUGACAAUAUGACUUCUAAGGAAUGGAACAGAGCCAUGGUUCCUGCCUGGGUCGGUCCAGUGCUGUGACACUCAGCUUCACAUAAGUUGACUCUGUCAUCCCACUCCUGUGACUGCAUUGGUUUGGACUUACAUCUAAAGAACAGAAAAAGGUAGAAGGGACGGUGCAGUGUUGCUCACUCUCUAUCGGAUCACUUGCCCUGGGGAAUCCAGCUGCCAUGUUGUAACUCUCAGGCUGUGUAUGGAGAGCCUCAAGAAGGAAGGUACUCAGGUCUCCAGACAAAAACGAGUGAGCUUGGAAGCAGAUUCUCCAGUCCCAGCAAAAACUUGAGACAACUUUAAGUCUCAUGGGAACCACCCAGCUGAAAAGCGGCUCCUGGAUUCCUGACCAACAAAAACUAGAUAAUAAAUGUGCUGUUUUAAAGUCCUAAA